AUGCGGGACAGGACCCACGAGCUGAGGCAGGGAGAUGACAGCUCGGACGAUGAGGACAAGGAGCGGGUGGCACUCAUGGUGCACCCGGGCACGGCACGGCUGGGAAGCCCAGACGAAGAGUUUUUCCAGAAGGUCAGGACAAUUCGGCAAUCCAUUGUCAAGUUAGAGUCUAAAGUCCAGGAGUUGGAGAAGCAGCAGGUCACCAUCCUAGCCACGCCCCUUCCCGAGGAAAGUAUGAAGAAGGACCUGCAGAACCUACGCGAAGAGAUCAAACAACUGGGGAGGGAAAUCCGCACACAGCUGAAAGCCAUAGAACCCCAGAAGGAGGAAGCUGAUGAAAAUUAUAACUCAGUCAACACGAGGAUGAGAAAAACCCAGCACGGGAUUCUAUCUCAGCAAUUCGUGGAGCUCAUCAACAAAUGCAACUCAACACAGUCCGAGUACCGGGAGAAGAAUGUGGAGCGGAUUCGGAGGCAGCUGAAGAUCACCAAUGCUGGCAUGGUGUCUGACGAGGAACUGGAGCAGAUGCUAGACAGCGGGCAGAGCGAGGUGUUCGUGUCCAAUAUACUGAAGGAUACCCAAGUGACCCGGCAGGCCUUAAAUGAGAUUUCUGCCCGGCACAGCGAGAUCCAGCAACUAGAACGCAGCAUCCGUGAGCUUCAUGACAUCUUCACUUUUCUGGCUACUGAGGUGGAGUCGCAGGGGGAGAUGAUCAAUAGGAUUGAGAAGAACAUCCUGAGCUCGGCGGACUACGUGGAGCAUGGGCAGGAGCACCUCAAGGUAGCCCUGGACAAGCAGAAGAAGGCCCGGAAGAAAAAAAUCUUCAUCAUUAUCUGCGUGUCCCUGACUGUCCUCAUCCUGUCGCUCAUCAUUGGCCUCACCAUCGCAAUCGGAUAG